AUGAGCAACGAACAUAUGGAGGUGGACCUCGCGGAGGAGAAGCUCAAGACCAUGGAGCACUCGGAGCAGCAUUACUUCAAGAGUUACGAUCAUCACGGCAUCCACGAAGAAAUGUUGAAAGAUGAAGUCCGCACGAAAUCGUACAUGAGCGCAAUCGUCAACAACAAGCACCUGUUCAAGGACAAGGUCGUGCUCGAUGUCGGCUGCGGCACCGCCAUCCUUUCCAUGUUCGCUGCCAGGGCCGGCGCUAAGCACGUUAUCGGUGUCGACAUGUCGACCAUCAUCUUCAAGGCGCGCGAGAUCGUCAAGGUCAACGGCCUCUCCGACAAGAUUACCCUGAUCCAGGGCAAGAUGGAGGACGUUGAGUUGCCUUUCCCCAAGGUCGAUAUUAUCAUCUCGGAGUGGAUGGGCUACUUCCUCCUCUACGAAAGCAUGCUCGACACCGUCCUCUAUGCCAGGGACAAGUACCUCGUCCCCGGAGGCAAGAUCUUCCCCGACAAGGCCACCAUCUACGCUGCCGGUAUUGAGGAUGGCGACUACAAGGAUGAGAAGAUUGGAUUUUGGGAUAACGUCUACGGUUUUGACUACACUCCUCUCAAGGAGACGGCCCUCUCCGAGCCCCUCGUCGAUACCGUCGAGCUCAAGGCGGUUGUCACCGAGCCUUCUUCCGUUCUCGUCCUCGAUCUUUACAAGUGCACCACCGCGGAUCUCGAUUUCAAGGUUCCCUUCACCCUGAGCUGCAGGCGUGACGAUUACAUCCACGCUCUCGUCGCCUGGUUCGACAUUGAGUUCUCCGAAUGCCACAAGCCCGUGCGCUUCUCCACCGGUCCCCACACCAAGUACACUCACUGGAAGCAGACCGUCUUCUACCUCAAGGAUGUCCUUACCGUCUCUGCCGACGAGCUCGUGACCUGCUCCAUGUCCGUCAAGCCAAACACGAAGAACCGACGUGAUCUUGAUAUUCUCGUCAACUACAAGCUGGAGACCGAUGACCCCACCCGCCAGGCUGAGGGCAGCCGUGAGUACAAGAUGUGCUAA